GUUUUCUGGUGCUGCCAGCAACGGUCACACUUUGUCUUUGUUUUGGUUUUUUUCCUGCUUAAAACGCAUUUAAUUUUGUAAAAGAAUGUCUUACGCCGGGUAUAGCCAGCUGCCCAGUGGCAGCGAUCACGAGCAGCGUCAGCAGCAGCUGGCAGCCAGCACCUACGAUGUCCUGCAGCGAACGGGCGACAGUAUUCAGCGCUCCAACCAGAUUGCAAUAGAAACUGAGAACAUGGGUGCGGAGGUGCUCGGUGAGCUGGGAGAGCAGCGCGAGUCAUUGCUGCGCACCACACGCCGCCUGGAAGAUGCCGACCAGGAUCUGUCCAAGUCUCGAGUCAUCAUUCGCAAGCUCGGCCGUGAGGUGCUGUACAACAAGAUUAUACUGGUACUUAUAAUCCUAUUGGAGUUGGGCAUACUCAUUGGCCUGCUGGUGCUGAAGUUUGCCCACCUGUGAGAGCCAAAAAGGGAAAAUAGAUCCCAUUUUAUAUUCCAAAGUUACAUAGAUGAUACCCAACGAUGAAUGGAAGGGGGGGCAUUUGAUUACGUUUAUUUGAAUUGUUCUACCCUGUAACAGCAACGUUAAGCCCAUGCCUUAGACAUCUAGUACAGUAAGUUACAUUUUGUAUUAUAUGAUAAUAAACACAGAUACGUAUAAUAUA